AUGACCGGCAAGAUCAUCAUCCACCAUCUUCGCAUCUCCCAAUCCGAGCGAGUUAUCUGGCUCUGCGAGGAACUCAACAUCCCGUAUGAGUUGAAGUCAUACAACCGGCAACCUCCCACCAUGCUGGCGCCACAGGAGUACCGCGACCUGCACCCCGUCGGCACCGCGCCAGUUAUCGAAGACGGACCGGUCGUUCUGGCCGAAUCCAACGCCAUCUUCGAAUACAUCCUCGCAAAGUACGGCAAAGGCCGCCUGGUGCUGCAGCCGGACCACCCGAACUACGCCGACUAUGUGUUCUGGCUGCACCAUGCCAAUGGAGGCCUGAUGCCCUCGUUUAUGGGCGUCAUGAUGAGACGGCUUUCCGGACAGCCGGACGACGGCUCGCGGCCGAAUUUCAGUCAGGAGCGGUUUGAUCGCAGCAUGGCUGCGCUCGAGCAGCAGCUGGGCAAGUUCCCGUACGUUGCUGGGGAGGAGUUCACUGCAGCGGAUAUUUUGGUUCUCUUUCCUUUGACGACGGGACGGAUGUUUGCGGGUUUCAGUCUGGAUGCGUACCCGAAUGUUGUCUCUUAUUUGGGGCGAGUUGGAAAUCGCGAAGCUUACCGGAAGGCGAUGGAGAAAGGAGACCCUGGACUCGAGCCUCUGUUGUCGGCGAAGACUCCUCAGCGAAGUGCUCUUUGA